AUGAGUAAACCGCUCUGUCUAAGUGAAAUAGAAUCUUUAAUUAAUCAGCAAAAUAUAUGUGACUCCGAAUCAAAUACAUUUUAUGAUUUUGAGGAAUUUUCAAGAGUGGACUGUUCUAGCGGUUCUCUUAUUACGCCAGAAGAGUUGGGCAUAAUAUCUUCUGAAUUGAAUAAUCGAGAUGACUUUACGGAAGCUGUAUCUGAUCAAAACAUCAGCUUACUCCAUGCCACUGAAGGCCCGGAUAUCGCAUCUGAAUCAAUGCAAGUGUUAUCAUCAAAACCUAUUUUUGAAAAUUUGAGCGACAACAGUGACGAUGAUCCGGAUUGGGUUCCAGGGAUUACACGGAAAAGGCAGAUUUUUUAUCCAUUGAGGAGACAGGUCGAGGAACGUUUGGACGUCGAUAAAAGUAUUAGGUCGUUGACUGUGCAAGAUUUACGAAGAAACAGAAACUUAUUUUUAAGAAGACGGAGGAUUUUGCCUUCUCUGAAUAAUGAGAAUUGUGAUAGUGAUGAUGCUGACAAUGUUAGUGAGGUAUCACAGUCCGAGAAUAUUGACGAUAAUACAUCUAUAUCUGUACAAAUAUCACUUCCAUGUACCGUUAAACUGAAUAAGAAAGCUCGUGUUGCUGGUAAAUCAUACCUUGGUUAUAAGAAGUUAGCUAACAAAUGGACAGCGUGCGUUGAGAAGCCUGCAAGAAUUUUAAAACCACGUUGCGUACACACUUGUGUAGUUCCUAAAACAAAAUAUUCUUUUCUUUGUGCUCUUGUCACCAACGAAGAACGUGAACAGAUUCAUAAACAUUUUUGGAAACUCAAGACUUGGCCGGAAAAGAUUGCGUUUAUUAGAGCAGCAGCGGUGCGAAGAUGUAUAAGACGACGACGUAAAUCCCAACAAAAUUCUACAAACAAAAAACAAAGUGGCCAUGAUAUCUUCAUCAAUAAAUUGGACGCGAAGUGCACUAGAGUAAGAGUAUGUAAAUUAUUUUUUCUGAACACACUUUGCAUUGGAGAAGACAGUUUUCGUCGCUGGACUAGAGAGGUUGAUACUUUAGAGGAAAAUGUAAUUGAUCAAACUGCAGAAAACACUUCACCAAGUUCAAAUAUUAUUGCUAGGCCAGGAAGACACGUUGAAUUGACAAGAACUGUUAAAACAUGGCUGGAUCUUUUACCAAAAGUACCAAGUCAUUACUGUCGUUCUAGCUCAAAAAAAAAUUAUGUUGAAUCGACUUUUCGAUCUGAACUCCACAUGCAUCAAGUUUUUAAGGAGUGGUGUAUUGAAAACCACUACAAAGCUGCCUCUAGAAGGACAUUUUCGAAGAUACUGACAAAAGAAAAUAUCGGCAUUCAUCUUCCGCGCAAAGACCAGUGUGACACGUGUUGCAGUUAUAAAACGAGUAACAUUUCGAAAGAAGAAUACGAAAGUCAUAUUGCGAAGAAAACUGAAGCCCGUGAAGCCAAAACGAAUGUCAUAGAAAGCGCAAACGAAAAGGAUGUGGUUAUAACAGUCGACGUUCAAAGUGUUUUGCUCGCCCCAAAGCUAUUGGCUAGCGCAUUGUACUACAAAUUAAAAUUACAAUGCCAUAACUUUACGGUUUAUAACGUGCUAUCCAAAGAUGUGAAAAUUUACUUUUGGCACGAAGCAGAUGGUAAUGUAACUGCUAAUGAAUUCACAUCUUGUUUAAUAGACUACUGUCAAAACCUGCCACUUACAACAGAGCGCAUUAUCAUUAUUUCUGAUGGAUGCGGACACCAAAACCGAAACCGAUUUUUGUCUAGUGCCCUAAGCGAUUUGGCGCAAAGGAGGCAAAUUUGUAUUGAACAACUUUAUCUGGAAAAAGGGCACACUAUGAUGGAGGUAGAUAGUGUUCACUCCACUAUUGAGCAAUACAUAAAACCGCCAAUAUUCGCUCCCAGUGAUUACAUCGUACGGAUGAGACAAGCUCGACCUCAAAAGCCCUAUGAUAUCAAAUCUGUUCACUAUGAUUUCUUUCUCAAUUUCGAAGAGAUGGAAUCGAACCUAAAAUCCAUACGGCCUGGAAAAAAGAAGGGAGAUCCUGUCGUGGUGGACAUUAGGGGUCUUAAAUAUUUAUCCGAUGGAUCUAUAUUUUAUAGGUUAAGACAUGUCGAUGAGUGGUCAGUACUUCCACAGCGUAAAAACAACCAAAGAAAUGGUCUUAUAUCUCCAAGGCGACUGUAUAAAGCUCCAAUAAAAAUUACUGAGAGCAAGUAUAAACAUUUGCAGGAACUCAAAAUGGUAAUAGACCAGGAUUACCAUCCAUUUUAUAACGCGUUACCAUUCAAUCCUGGCACC